AUGAAGAGCUGGCAGUCCGCAAUUAUCGUCGCUCUCCUCAUAGGGCUUGCCUCAGUCCUCGCAAUUCCCACCUGUGCCCCCGAGCAAAGGUCCGCCUUCGCCGUCUCGAAGAUUUCCAACGACGGAGACCCAUCCCCACGCCGCACCGCCUUGGAGAAGCUCCACGCAAUUUUUAUCAUGCCACACCUCUUCUUUCCCAAAAGCCCCGUCUCCAAGCCGAGUUCACGCAUCAUUCCCCGCCAACUGCCGGCCCCCAAGCAGAUCUGCGAGACCACCGAAGGAUCGCCGAAGCAGAUGGAUGUUGCGCGGAUGGCGUGGCAGCUUCAGGACGCGAAGGGUGACUGCUGCCAGAUCAACGAUGGGCCGUGUACCGAUUUGAAGAGGGAGAUCACCGGGGCCAUUAGCAUCUGUGGUCCCAAGGGAAACUGCGUGCCGUGUAGAGAGCUCGGUAAGAGGGCUAUGAAAUUGGCUGGGGAUUGCCGAGAUUGGAAGAAGUCGGGCGGGAUCGUCAGGUGGGGAACGCAUCUCGAUAUGAACAUAUAUCGGAACCCGGAUUAUAAAAUGCCCACCCUGUGGCCUUAUCAGAUGUGA